AAAGAGGAGAAACUUGUUGUAGCAGUUGAACUAGAAAAAAAAAGAGACAGAGCAACGAAUCCAACAUCACAAACACAACAAAACACAAUCUGUGUGUUGCUAUCUCAUUGGUCUUCUUCUUCUCAAUCUUCUAUUCUUUAGCUUCUUGAUCCCAAAAAAUGGCUGUCUCUUCCCAAGAGUUUAGCUUUCCGUUGCUCGCUUCCCAAGACUCUUCCCACUUUGCCGGCGGCAUCGAUUCACCUCCACUGUGGAAACACUCGCCGGAUAAAUCCCGCCGGGGAGAUCACGACAGAGGUUUGGAGAAGGAAGUUGGUAACGAUCAGACGAAGAGCUUCUCUUACGUGGAGAGGAAAAGUCUUUGGAGCGAUAAAAAAGAGGAGAAAAUGGAUAUGUUGUGGGAAGUUCUCAACGAGGAGCUUCCGCAGAGAAGCCAGAGCCUUAGGAUCGAUCCCGGCGGAGGUGUCGGUGAGAAGAAAACGUCUUUGUUUCCCGACGACAGCUCCGCCGUGGUGGCCGUGGAGCGCGGGAUGAAGUUAACGAAGAAGAAGAUGAGUCCUAACGUGUUGGUGUUGAUUAGGGUUUUGAAGAAGCUUCUUGUUAUGCGGAGUUCAUCUCGGAGAUCGCCGGUGAAAAACUCAUCCACGGUGAGGAGAGGGGGGGGUUGUUAGAAUUCACAAGUUUCGGGGCUUUUAUGGAGAAAGAAGAAAUAAUUUGUGUUUAAAACAAAGUUACAUUUGUCGUGUGGCUGGUUCUCAACAAUUAACUUUAGGUCCCUGAGUUUGAAGAACAUAUUUGGAUUUUGAAGAGUCUUUUUGUUUGUUUGUUUCUUGUCUUUUUUCUCUUGCUUUCUGCGUGGGGUUUGGUCUGAAUAUGUAUGAAUUUUAUAAGGUGAAAAGUGUAAAAGGGUUAGAAUAAGAGGGUUCUCCUGGGUAUUUUUAUGUUUCAAACAAAGGAAAG